AUGGGUUUUGCCGAAGACAAAGUGUAUGACUACAUUUUGAAAAACUUCAAGAAUUUCAAGAACAUCCGUGUGGCGUCGCUGGCCGAUUCCCUGAGCUGCCUGACCGAUGCUGACAGAGAUGAACUUCACACCCGGGAGGAAACGCGGGGGAGCCAGGCAACUGUCUAUAGGUUUUACCAGUACCUGAAGUGCCGGCAGGGCUGGGUGGCAGAUCUCAUUGACGCACUGCGCCAGAACAACGCAGCGCACCUGGCUGACGAGCUGCAGCACAUAUAUGACUCCUGGCAUCAUCCUCCUGCUGCUGCCUCCUCGCCUCCUGCUGCCAGCAGUGCCCGUUCCGCUGUCUCCUCCAUCGGCGCCCAGACGCCAUCCCCAGGCCUGAACCCUGCCCUGGGUGUCCCGUGGGCUGAGCAGCUGCACCAAGACCCGCCCAUCAGUGGCCAUUCGCCUCUCCUGCCCCGUGCUGCCACCGCUGCGAGCACGGACCUGGACGCCAGGGCCCCGGUGCAGGAAUCGCUCCCCAAAAACCUCCUGGAGCAAGAGAGUCCCCUGCUGCCUCUGCCUGGGAACGUGGUCCAUGAUGGAGUGAGUGAUGGGGACGGUGGUGAGGGGCACCCCUUGCCCCCCAUCGAGACCACGCAGGCAGCACCAGGGACCCCUGGGGCAACCAGCGUGGCCGUGCCAUCAGCUGCCCCCCCUGAGCGGGGCCGGGCCUCGCCGAGUCGCCAGCAGCACCCGGUGUGUGUGGACAACGGGUGUUUUGGGAAUGCCAGCCACCUGCACUCUGGUGCGCCAGGCCUGGGUCUGGGCAGGUCACUUCCGCUGAGGGAUGUGGGCUCUGAUCGCAGCCCCCAGCAGCCCAGGAAUGAGCCCGAAGAGGACUUCUAUGUCUCCACUGAGUCACCCCUGAGGCUGGAGGAGACCGCUCGCAGCAGGGGCCUGCAGGGCCCAGACUCGCUGCCAAAAAACCAGGCCAUGCCUGGCUGCAAGCACGGUGAGCCCUUGGGCAGCUGUGUGGAUGUGCGCAGCCCCAUCCUCAUACAGCAGCAGUUCGAUGCGGAGCAGAAGCAGAUCGGGAUGCCACGAGAGCACGGAGGGCGUGGAGACACUUGCAUGGAAACAGCUACCCUGGUCACUACCCCUGCACCCAGAGACGCUUCCCCAUCCUGUGACACCUCCGUGAAGCCUCCUGUACAAGAGAGAAAACUGCCUGUGGGGGAGACGGCCAGCAGCACCCCCUCCGUGCCAAUGAAGGAGAAAGUGCUCCUGGCCUCGGCGGACCCUCUCCUGGGCACAAGUCUUGUAGGAAGCUUUGAAGGCAUGUCUGGGAGAACGGCCUCCCACGUGAGCUCUGCCACGAGCAUCUGGGCGCCUUGCAGCAAUGUGGAGAGGGAUGUGGAGCUUAGCAAGCCAGGCGUCCUCCUCUCUGUGGCUGGGGAGAGCCCAGAGGUGGCUGACAGAUGCCCGAGCUCUCGGGGGCCCGGCGGUCCCUUUCUCGGGACAUCCGAUAGCCUCACCUUCAGGAGCGAUCCACUCAUGGUGAGCACGGAUAGCUUGAGCUCCGGAGAAGCGCUCUCUAGAGUCUCCUCAGGAUGCCCGGCUCCAGCGGUUCAUGGAGAGCCCGGGGGAGAGGAGGCAGCUGGAGCAAGCAAAGACUCCCGUCUGCCUCUGAGCUGGGACAGCACCUCCCUGGGCAGCCACGAGGUCCAUGUGGACCAUUACCCCAGCACCCAGCUCGGGGCAGGCAGCGACCUUCAAGAUGGAGCUGGUCCUCUUGGAAACUCUCCAGUUUUUAACUCUAGCAGGGGCCACGGUGCUACGACCAGCUCGCCUCAGACCGAGGUUCCCCCAGGGUCCAACAACGGACCAUCCCUGCCGUACAUCGUUCCAGCUGUGGGCAUCGCUGUGAUUUCAGCUGUGGCGUUUCUGGUGUACGCUCGAUUGCAGAAAUAG